AUGGAUGAAAAUAAUUCUGAUGACAACCAAGAAACAAAAAUGUGGACAGCCAGAAGUGAAACAAAAUUAAUAAAUAUGUUGAGAGAUGAGGUUAGAAAAAAUCAAACAACUGGCCGUACUACUUCGUGGACAAUUAGGCAUUGGAAUCAUUAUGCAAAUCAGUUGCACAAUCUGUAUGGAUUUCGGUAUACAGCAACACAGGUGCGCCAAAAAUAUCAGCGAUUGAAAGCUGAUUAUCAGACAUUUAAGCGACUCCAGGCACAGACUGGUCUGGGAUGGGAUCCAAUUGUAGGCACUGUUGUUGCACCUGAUGAAUUUUGGGAUAAGGCCAACAGAAAUGUGAAGAAGUUUAGGACAAAAGGAUUUGAAUAUUUUCAAGAAAUGGCAGAAAUUGUUGAAAAUUGUUGUGCCACAGGGGCCUUAUCUCGUGCAUCCACACAAGGAGCCCUUGACUCAGAAGAAGAAGAUGACAUGUUAAAUAAAUUUUGGAACCCUGAUGUUGGUGGGAGUAAUGCUGGUGGGAGUAACGCUGCUGAGGCAAUUCCUGUUGACUUAUAUGGGGAUGAGUACAUGGAUCCAUCAAAGGGCAAAAGUCACAAGAGGGGCCCUACAACCAGCCAGACUGACAGUGGUCGUUCUAAAAAGUCACGGUCAAGUGGGUUUGAUGAUGUGUGCGCAGCUUUCACAUCCUAUGUACAAGCAAAAACAGGACAUUCACGUGCACGAGAAAAUGAGACAGAGGCUGUAAGUGCAGGUGGUGAUGAUUACUCUCUUGAUGCAUGUCAAGAUGCAUUACUAGAGCUUGGGGACAUACCACCAGUGCAGUACAUUAAGGCACUGACACUAUUCAAGGAUAAGGAAUGGCGAAGGUUUUUUAUGCGCACUCCUACCCAUUUGCGCCUACCCAUGAUCCUCGCUUUGCAACAAAACCAUAUGUCAUCCGACAGAGAAAAUAAUUCAAUGGAGAUCUCAUCAGACGAGGAUGAGGUUACUGAUGAUUUUAUGGAUUUUUUGAUGAUUGCUUGCAUGUAUGACCAAAUCAACGCCUCAAAAGCAGAAGCAGACGAGCUUGUUGAAAACCAAGCUGACUACGUUGAUAUGUCACAACAUGGGUUAACGUAUAAAUCGAACGUUCGGGAUGCAAUUGCUACUGCUAUGUGGCAAAAUCAUGUUGGCCACGGAUAG